AUGGCAGCUGAAACACUCCUGAUUACAGGCGCAAGUGGCUAUUUAGGAGGCCACCUUAUCAAGGCAGCACUGGAGAAGGGGUACAAUGUUCGCGCGACUGCCCGAAGCGACUCGUCUGCCAAGAAGAUCGCGGCACAAUUUCCCCAGAGCGCUGCCCAACUGUCUUACGCAAUCGUGCCUGAUAUAACGAACUUCAAGUCCUAUGAACAAGCUCUGCGGGGAAUCUCGGGGGUUGUCCACUCAGCAUCGCCGUUUGUGCUCAAGCCAGAAGACAACAUUAAAGACCUGCUAGAGCCUGCGAUACAGGGGUCGCUGGCCAUUCUCAAAGCUGCACAGCAAUGGGGCGAUUCCGUGAAGCGUAUCGUUGUCACUUCAAGCCAUGCAUCGGUGUGUGACCUCUCGAAAGGAAAACGCCCCGGCUACGUCUACAACGAAAAAGACUGGAAUCCAGUGACAUUCGAAGAGGCUUCAACCGCAGACGGAGUGGUGGCAUAUUGUGCCUCAAAGGCUGUAGCCGAAAGGGCCAUGUGGGAUUGGAUGACGGAGAAUCGGCCAAACUUCGAUCUGGUCACUGUCACGCCUCCUUGGAUCUUCGGUCCUUAUGCAACCGAAUUGACAACAACUAAGCGCCUGAGUGAAUCAAUCCAGAUUCUCUACGAUCUCUUGAAGGCAGAAGACAUUCCGCCGUUUGACUUUGGCGGAUUUGCCGAUGUACGCGAAGUCGCAGCAGCGCACAUACUGAGUUUCGAAACGCCAGAGGCAGGCGGUCACAGGUUUUGGGUUGGCCAGAACUUCAACUACCAGACUGCGGUAGACGCAGCCAGGACGCAACUCCCUGAGUUGUCCCAACGGCUCCCUGAGGGCAGGCCAGGAUUCGUGGAGCCAACGUACACUGUAGAUGGCAGCAAGGCGGCGAGGGUGUUGGGCCUCAAGUACAGACCAUUGGCUGAAACGAUGAAGGAUACGUACGUGCAGUUGCUACACGCUGAGAAGCUGGAGGGACCUUCUGCUGCGGCAUAG